AUGCCAGAUGGGUUCCGGUCGGAGCUGCAAGCUUAUAUAUCACAUGCACGACGGUAUUUCACAGAUAAUGCAACACAGCAGCUGCUUGAUGAGUUACGCCCUUUGAUGUGUGUCUGGGACGAGUCCAUAGUAAGGGCUUGGCGAUUGUUAGAGAUGUUUGUGCCAAUGAAUCUUCCACCCGAAAGGCAAAUUACUCAUGGGAGCGGGUUGUGGCUGGAUGAGGCAUGGCAUUGGUUCGUAACAGUGGAGAACAACAAUUUGGUCGAAGCGUCCAUCCUCAAGAUGUUUGUACGAUUAUCCGUUGAAUGUCCAGGAUCAGUUGAUUGGACAGACAAACUCGAUGUCAUCUUUACGAAGCUGAUCCGAUCAUUUCGCCUCGGUAGCGUCGUAGGGCUUUGCCAGCAGUUCAAUUCAGAAGGUGCAUCAGGUUUCAUUACGUACGCAAUGGGAACCCAGUGUCAUGAGAAGUGA